GCCAGAGCCUGCGCUGGCUGCCAUGGGGCUGCUCAUCCCGUUGGUCCCGCUGCUCUGGCUGCGGGGGGUCCUCGGGGGGCCGGACCUGGAUCCUGGCGGGAAGAACGUCUGCCAGGCUGGGAGCCUUCCCUCAGAGCCCGUGUGCUGCCCCGGCUGGAGGCAGGAAGGCCGGGAGUGCACCGCUGCCAUCUGUGAUGGGGAAGACGCCUGCGGAGCGGAGGAAGUGUGUGUCCGGCCGGGCCUGUGCCGCUGCAAACCCGGCUACUUCGGGGCCCAGUGCAAUUCCCGCUGCCCGGGCCAGUACUGGGGCCCCGACUGCCGCCGGAGCUGCCCCUGCCACCCCCACGGCCAGUGCCACCCCGCCAGCGGGCAGUGCUCCUGCCAUUCGGACCGCUGGGGCGGCCUCUGCCAGUUCCCCUGCUCCUGCGGGGCCCACGGGAGCUGCGACCCGCUGAGCGGCGCCUGCCGCUGCCAGCCCGGCUGGUGGGGCUCGGCCUGCCGCCGGCCCUGCCAGUGCAACCCGGCGGGCGGCCUCUGCCACGCCGCCCUGGGCAGCUGCCUCUGCCAGCCCGGCUGGUGGGGCCGGCGCUGCAGCUUCCGCUGCCCCUGCCACGGCUCGCCCUGCUCCCCGACCACCGGCCGCUGCGCCUGCCGGCCGGGCUGGUGGGGCCCCGACUGCCGGGACCCCUGCGACUGCGGACACGGCCGCUGCCACCCGGACAGCGGACACUGCGCCUGCCACCCCGGCUACCGGGGCCUCGACUGCCGGCAGCCCUGCCCUCCCGGCUCCUUUGGCCUCCAGUGCCGGGACAGCUGCGGGCACUGCCAGAAAAGCCAGGCCUGCUUCCCAGACACUGGCGCCUGCCCAGCUUGUGAGCCCGGCUGGAACGGGACCCGCUGCGAUGAGCCGUGCCCCGCCGGCACCUUCGGGGAGAGAUGUGAGCAUUCGUGCCCACCCUGCCGGCAAGGGGAGACCUGCCAGCCCGACAGUGGGCACUGCCAGCACUGCGACCCUGGCCAGACGGGGCCCAGGUGCGAAGACCCCUGCCCUCUGGGCACCUACGGAGAAAACUGUAGCUCUGUGUGUCCAGCGUGUGAAGAAGGGGCCUGUGAUCCUGUGUCUGGAGAGUGUGUCUGCAACCCUGGCUUCUGGGGUCCUAGCUGCAAUACCACCUGCCCGUCUGGCUUCCAUGGAGACAACUGCUCCCUCCCCUGUGGCUGCUCGGCGGGGACCUGCCACCCUGUUUCUGGGGACUGUGAACUGAAGCUCCAGUCCCGGGCUCCCCUCAUCGUGGGUGUCCUGGUCCCUCUGUCGCUGCUCCUCCUCAGCAUCGCCUCCUGCGUCUGCUGCUGUUGCUGGGCCUUGCGGCAGGACCCCAAGGACAGGUCGGCGGGAGACGGCUCCACCGUGUCCCGGGUGAAGCUGCAGGUCCAGGGGGCCCUGACCAGCCUGGCUACCGCCCUGCCCUGUGGCUCCCUCAGUGGCCAAAAGCUCCCCAGGGUCACAGUCUCUCACCACGACCCUGAGAUCCCCUUCAACCACAGCUUCAUCGAGCCUCCCUCCGCCGGCUGGGCCUCCGACGACUCCUUCUCCUCCGAUCCCGACUCCGAGGACGACAAGCCGGAUUACUGCGUGCCUCCCCGAGAAGACCCCCCUACCAGUGGAGAGCCCCCCGGCCCCGAAGAGAGCCCCUUCCCACACCCCGACGACGCCUCCACGCCCUUCGCCAUCCCGCGCACCUCCAGCCUGGCCCAGGCCAAGCGCCCGUCCGUCUCCUUUGCCGAAGGCACCAAGUUUGGGCCCCAGGACUCCCGCGCCUCCGGGGAGCCUCCCAGCCCCACCAAAAAGCCCAAGAGACUCUCGCGGUUGGCCCAGCCUGGAGCCGAGGGGCUUGGGGCGGAAGGGCCGGAGGGGCCGGAGGGCCGGCCCGAGGACCAGGAGUCUCCCGGCGCUGCCUCCCCCCGGGAUGUGGCCAGCGGCCGCAGGCGGCCCUUGGCCGGGGGCCGGACGGUGGCCCAGCGGGUGGAGGCGAUCGAGGGCGGCAGCCGGGAGGCCGCAGGCUCGGUGACCACCAUCUACAUGCUGGCGGGGACGCCCCGUGGGGGCGAAGGGCCCGUCCAGGCCGUGCUCCGCCGUUUCGGCAGCUUCCAGCGGGGCCAGGCGGAGGCCAGGCCCAAGCCCAAGGCCAGCAUCCCCAAGCCUCCGCGCCGGUCCCUGGCUCGGGAUAAGGGAUCCCCCGCCCCAGCCCAGGGCCCAGACGCGCCCCGGUAUGAGGAGCUGCCGGCCGCGUCGGCCCUCGAACCGGCCGGAUCUGCUCCGAGCCCGGAGCAGGCCGCUGGGGUGGCCUGCGGAGGUGGUCCCGAGCGGGAGCCUCAGGACCUGAUGGAGGAGAAGAAGGAGGAGGAAGAAGAGGAGCCCCAGUAUGAGAACGUGGCCCCCAAUCUUGCCCCUGCAGAUCCUUAGGGUCCUUCUGGCUUAUGGGUGUGGGGAGGGGUGUGGAGGGGGAGAGACUGAGACAGACCCGUGUCUUUGUUCCCAGUAAAGGGUGGGGGGACCGGACCAUCCGCUGUUCUGGAAUACCUUCUUUCUCCCCCAUGGACUCUCUCCAUGGCCUAGAGUGGGUUGAACUGCGGGUGUUUGGGGAUGGCUAGGCCUUUGCCAUCAUCACUGUUGGCAUUUAUUGAGCACUUAGAGUUCAAUUCAGCAGAGUUGGUAGUCUCAUUCCCUGCCCAUAGCGAGUUUACAGACUAGGGUGGGGUGUCUCUGGACGUCAAACUCUCCUACUUCCCUCCCGCCCCCCGCCCCCAACCCCUCCGUGGCCUCUGUCCCACUUAAUCUGGGAGGGCCACCCCGCAGCCCCCUUCCCCGGGAGCAUGAGGCCACUGUGAUGACCGCUCCUUGUGUGGGAUGGAACUGUCACAAGGCCUGAUUCGUAACGAAAGAGGUGCCUGGGGCUCCAGAGAUGAUGUCAUCGUCCACUUUACAUUUGUACCGACUUUGAGUAGGAGGGGGGAUUAAAGACAAUAAGUCUGCCACAUCUACUGUCCUAACUAAUGCUAGUGUGGUCCCGUGCCAGCGUUAGAUGUUGGCAUCCACGUUCAUAAAUCGUAAAGAAACGUCUUUUUAACUUUUGUAAAUGGAAGGCCAGAGGUGUUGGGGCUGUGAUCUGUCAGUUUCAGAGGCUGGGCCCCCGAAAGUUCUGGUGCAAAUUAAGUACUAAAUUAAAACCCUCAACUCUG